UACGGGACCUGUUCCAUCCGAAAAUCCUCAAAUUCACGACAACUCUCCCCAUACACACACUGAAUAAUCAUGAGUUUAUCAUUUCAACACUUUCAACAACACAGCACAGCCAAUUGGAAACUCGGUGUAAUUAUCAAGCCCCGGAUGCUUCCCAAAAAACUACCGGUAACGUAUUCCACAAAAAGACACCCCAAAAGAGACAAAAAAAAUCAACGAAAUAUGUCACAGUGACUCGGUAAAACACGAAAGUGUAAUCUCCGCAUUUGUAUCACUGUAACAAUGGGUUUCCGUUUGAGAAUGUAACCCGUUACAGAGUAGUUGAGAUGACGAGUCUCAUUAGCAUGGAGGAUUAUGUUCCUCGUCCGUUAUGCAGUCAAUGUGAAGUUAUCUGUGAUGGGGGAAUUUUUAGAAGAAGUGCAGCCUCAAUGAUCUUCAGUUGAGGACUUGAUUUCCGGUCAAUUACCCCUCUUCUGUAGAUUCCAUUGAGGUCUAUCGAACCGUUUGCAUUUUCUUUUUUACGUCUUUGCUUAUUCUCGUCAACUAGUCGAUUGAUUAAUUGAUUAAUUCAUGCAAUACUGGAGAACCCGGUAAUCAAUCCGUAAAACAAUUAAUUGAUUGCCCCGUUAGCUAAAUUUGUUCAUGAAAAAAUCAUGAGAAUAUCCAAAUGAAUUAAUUGCUUCGGUACGUGAUCAAUCACCUCCUGAUUAGUGGGUGUUGAUAAUGAAAUAAAAUAAGGUACCAUUUCUCAGCGAGAAUAGAGAGAAGAGAGAUCAUAACCGCCAUUGAAUUACCACUCCAUAAUUUAAAAUGUCUCUUUAAUUAAGUCCGGAAUAAGAAAAAGAGUAUUCAUUUCUUGCUAACUGAAACACAAUGAGAUGAUGGAUGAAGACAUUUAUUCAUAUUUCUGUUGAAAAGAAACAGUCGUUCACUCUCGAGAUUUGCCUUCCUUACUCGACUCUCUCAAUUCCCGGCUAAUCCGCUCAACGACGUAAAAAGCGACCUUCUGAGGAGUUCGUAUGCACGUGCAGAUUUACCGUACGUCUAAUUGUUACGUGCAAUUAUUGCAGUGGGAGGCUCACAGGGGGAAUUAACUGGCUGAUGCAUGGCCACACUCACCCACAACUGAGCCAUGAUCUUAAUAAUUUAGGCUUUAGUACUGUGGAAAUCUGAAUGUCCCACGGGGGACACAGAAAGAUGAAUUAAUUCCAUUCAAAGGAGUUUUAAAUUAUUCAAAAAAUGGGAGCAGGAUGAUAUAUCACGUCAUUUACUCGUGAGAAACUGUCGCUGCUGCAUUGAAAUUUCGAACGCAUUCAAUUUCAUUUGAAAUUUAUCGAAAACGUAUUGAGAUUUUUAACUGUACAACACUCUAUCUAUUUUUUUACUUUAUUUAUUCUAUUUAUUUAUUACAUUAAUUUUUUUUACACAUAGAGGAAGUCGACGAACACUUGUUAAGAAGAAAAAUGAAUUUCAAAUUAAAAAAAAAAUCAUCUAGUUUCUCUCAGUUGCUUUCGGGUUAGGGAAGAUUGAUGUUUACUUCACCUCCUUCUCUAUAUCCUAAUGAAUAAUUUUCUAGGAUGUCAUGUCACGUCAUUUUUUAACGCUCCAGCGCCGAAAUUUUCCGGGGGAAAUUGAUAUCGACGAUGAAAUCAUGAGAAAGUAGAAAAAAAGACAGGUCAGCACGGUCCAGUAAUUCUCGAAAGGCGGCUAAAAAACAUUUUAUUCAUCGAUGAUGAUCAGGAUCUUCAUAUAUCUCCCUCGCGCUCUCUCCAUUCAGCCCGACACCGGGACCCAGAGUCCCAUAUAUUGGGAACGAAUAGAGUAAAUGGGUUGGUUUUUCUAUUCAACCUAAAAUUUCACCAUGAAUAACCAUCAGUUUCUUUGAGCUCACAAUUAAUCACGGGAUUCAAUCAGCCAUUUGUGUUGCCACACGGUACAUUCCAGAGCGGACUAAGACAUACGAAAUAACAAGCAGUAAAUAAUAUCGCUUGACUUUGGAGGGAAAUUAAAAUACACUUGUUAGACAUCUUAAUUAUAUCAAUUUUUUCAUUAUCGAAGACUCACGGUCUAAUGAGUAAUUGAUAUGGAGAUGCAAAAUCACCGUCUUUGCUUACAGCGCAGUAAUGACGGUCGUAAAUAAAACGAGCGGGCAAUUGCUUUCGACACAACAUAAUUAAUGCACUUAAGGAAACUUUUUACACUACGGGCAUGGAUAUUUUGAAAAAUUGAACUGACGGAAUAAAGUAAAAUUUUUUAACGUCUUGGAGGACGACGUCCAAGGUACCCUUCCAAUCUAUGGGAAGUGGACUUCAGUCUUUUUUACUCUCCUUCAGCUUGAGUGGUAAUUUUGCACCCGAGGACAUAAAUACCUUAUUGACUGAGAAAUAUAAAUUUUUCUGUAAUGAAUCGAAGGGAUUUUUUCCCCCUCAAAUCUAAGUAUUAACAUGUCAGCCUAAUUUCCCCCCUUUUUAGUUAUUGACGGUGUCCGAAAACACAUUUGCAUUUCUAAAAAUUGUAAAUUCCCAGUCACGUACAAUGGCCCCCUCGAAUGACAAUAAUUACCGUCCGUAAAAAGGCAAAAAAUCACACUAAGGACGGCAUGACCAUUCAACCCCGAGAAUGAGGCCACAAGCCCCAAGUCCAUUGUCACCUGAGACUUUACCAUACAACAUGAGAUACUACUCAGUCCAUCCGCCUGGAGCACUCGAAAUCGUCACAAUGCGAGUAAAUUCUCCAGCCCACUCACUGUCUCGUGGGAAAACAAAUCCACGAGUAUCGUAUUCCCGGGCAACCACAGCCCGGUAGGGGGGCGAUACCGGGAUGCUCUAGGAGCAGUGCGAAAGAAGGGAUUAAAACCCCCACCUAUUAAAUACAAGGAAGUAGUACCAAGUGUGGCAUGGGAAAGCGAGCCACAUCGGGGGCGUUCUCGGUUAUCCAGCCUCAGUAUAAUUCCAGACAUCCACUAUCACUGUUCCUCAGAGGGAUUAUCCCUGUCAACCACUGAGCAUCAUCGAGGCAUCCAAGGAUAUCCGCAGAAAAAGCUUAGAAGAGCAGAAAAAAAUUUUUGCUGUCAUACGAUGAAGACGAAGCUGAGCUUUAAUAAUUGAAGAAGGCCUGGCGAAAUUGAUCCUCCGUCACCACUUGCUCUGAUAAAAAUUGAAAAGCUCAGUCACAUUUUAAGGAAAAUUCGAUUUUCAUCCGCGAAAGGGAACAUCUUGGAGAUCCCCUGGGAAUUGUUUCUUCGAGAGCUGCUGAGGCUUCUGGAGAUGAUUGAGACCUCUUCUGAUAGCGAUUAAAUCGACGAGUAAUCGAAGAAUCAGCGGAGUCAUUCUGGCUUUGAGCUAGCGCAUUGAUCCUCGUAACGGCGAUUGUCAAGUUGGACGGACAGGGGGUAGAUCGGGUGCUUGAGAGGACGUGGAUGGUGAAGGAUACGAGGUGGCAAUUGCUGUUGAGUAACGGAGGAGUCGGUGGAGGCCACUAUGAAGGAUUGAUUGGAGGAGCGACGGAUGAAGAGACUGUUGUCGAUGGAUCUCGACGGGUGUCCAGGACUGGAGGAUGUGGUGCAUCGGGAGCACUUUGAUGAGUGAAAACAAAAUGCGACUUAAAAUGAUAUCUCCCGUGAUCUGGGCGCUGCUGGUGUCCCAGGUCGCCUCAAGACCUCAGCAAGCAGAUGCAGAACACCGGACAUCUCAAGUGACGAAACUUCCGGAUGAAGACGCACGUAGCAGGUACAGAGCGUCCCACAUCGUUCCCCGAAAUUUAAACGAAUUUUACAAUAAGCUGUACACCGGUGGCUUUACACCAGGUAUUCUGUCGAGUCUCGGUCAAUCAUUUCCGCGCAACCGCAUGAUCCCGCAGGUCUCAUCAAUGUCUUUUUCCAAUCAGCGCUGGAUUCCCCUGACCUCCACACCCACGCGCGUGGUCUCCGUUAAUUCAAAAAUUCCGCCUUCUCACGCGCCGCCAUCCCCCAUUACCGACCGAGUAUUUAUCCCCAUGAAGAGAUCCCGGAAUUCAGGUCGCUGGGUCACCACAAGGACCCCGGUCGCUGCCAAGAACCGGGUGGUCAUAAAGCCAUCGAUUUUUCCCUCCCCCGCGGCAUUUCCCACGAAAAAACGACCCAGCGGUUUCAAUCCCACGAAAAAGCUCCAUGCUACGUCUCCGGAGCCUAUCUUAUCAACACCUGAUCAAAAAACCUGGCCCAAUACACCUCCCCAAGACCUUCAGGACCUUUACAACUAUGAAAAAUAUACGACCAACUUGAAUUCGGUUGUACCGUCCGAAAAACCCCAUGGCCCAAGCCGUCUCCCUUCCACUGACCUUGAAAAAACCACUCAGAACCCGAAGAUCACGGGCUACCUCCCAGUCGUCUCGACUCCACCACGCAGGCCCCCGACGAAGCCGAAUGUUCAGGAGAUCAUUCAGUGGCUUCAACUCCCAGCGUUCGCCUCCACAGUUAAUCAGAGUUACCUCCUGGAGGACGUUAAACCCGGACAGACUCUGUCUAAUACGUUCUCACCAGUUUUCAAUCCAAACCAACCUUUAGUGACUGAGACUAGCCCUGAACUGGCCCAAAAUUAUGACGAGGAGGUCAAUGAUUUCCACCUUCCGGGGACCAUUCGACCGUCUGACAUUCCAUCGACCUUAAUCCCUACAUUGCCGCCUUUUCCGGCGACCCCAGAAGAAUCUCCUUUGAAUAAUGAGGGCCCAACAGAUCCUUCUGUGGUCCCAAAAAGACCCAUCUUCCGGCCCUUCUCCGAAAUUUCCCAGAAUACUGUUGUUCACAUUAUCAACCCAAUGUCCAGAAAGCCCAAUGUCACUGUGAGUGAGGGCCAAUCCAAUGUGUCCACCCUAAAGCCACCACCGAACGUCCACAUAAUGUUCAUGUCCCAGAGCAAUGACACCGACGAGUCCCUGAAGGAUUCAGGGAGAUUGCCCUUCGAUCAGUCACCCGAUUGUCCCGUAAUCACCAUCAACUCGAUCACCAAAGUUAAUAACACGAUUCAGAGUAAGGAGGGCUGCACAGACCUGAACAUUGUCAUCAAUUCUCAAGUGCUCAGUACCAAUAAUUUUGGGCCAGCGGUGGGAGGGGUGGACGAGAGUGGGUCUGACAAGUUUGGGGACAGUCUGACUCCGACUGAUUACUCUACUGUCUACGCAACAGAUCCUUCAGGGAGUUAUUACUCAACAGUGCUGGGGUCACCUUCAUCGGACCCAGACAGAAACGACCUGAAUGUCCUCGAGCAAGGCCCUUCUUCGGGGCCUGAGGCUCCGAAUUACGAUAUUAAUCAAGAGACGGAUAUUGAGUAUCAGGCGGAGCCCGAAGCGGCGGGUAAUUUAGAGAGUGCUGAUUCCUUAGGCCAGUCUGACUCUGCGGGGUCUGAGGCCCUGACCGAAGGGGCUUCAGUUGGAUCCUCUGCAGUUGAUAGGCCUGUGGCCUCUGCUGGAGAGGCCCUAGAACAGUCCAGUGAUGCUGCUGGUGGUGUUUUAGGGACCUCCGGGGCGUCUGGAGUUAAUCCAGCUUCUGGAGCCUUGGGGGCCCCGGCUUCCACGGCUGUAUCGACUAUUGGAAAUGACGAUGAUGAUGAUGAUGAUGAUGAUGAUGACGAUGAUGACUUUGAUCUUUCUCCUUCCGGCAUUAUGGAGGGUAUUACGUCGUUGUUCGCGUAUUUCACUUUCCUGAAUCCUCUGAAUUAUGGGAUAUUUAGUUUUACUGCUGCACCAUUCGCUGCACUUGCUGCUGGAAUUCUCGGUAUAGCUGCUAUGUCGUUUCCUUAUGCGUUCACGGGGAGUUUUGACUUUGGUCGCUCCGCGGAUAGGAUUUCUCGGAAGUUUACACCGAAUAUCGAAGACAUCGUCAAUCAGUCCAUUCAUGAUUAUAGGAAUUGGCAGGAGUGGAAGAGCAAACGAAAGAAGCGCAGGCGAACUGGUCACUUCCCAGAGGGACUUUCAGAACAGGUUCUACUCCUUCGAGCUAAGAAAUUCACAACUUUGUGGUCUGCAGCUAAUGCUAAAUGUUUUUCAAUCAAAAAACUGGAGCCCCAAAAUGAUCGUGAGCUGAAGGACUAUAUGGACCAGUCCCUGAGGACAGUGGCAACUCAGCUCUUGAACGUUUCCGUCCCCGAAGCGACCGCCGAACCGAAGGACGCCUCAAUCAAGCCGAAACUUGGUCUCCUGAUCCGCAAACCCGACCGAACGAUUCCUCCAGCCCAAGAAUCCUUCACCACAGUUCAUAUCAAUGGCAUGGAGUUGGUGAAAGACGUGAAUCCUGACUUGACUCCAGCGGGACGUCCCAGCAACUCGAAAUACAAUUAUUUUGAGGUCAGCCAUCCAGGCCAAGCGAUGGCGAUGACUGACGAGGACCUCGAGCGAGAAGUAUCAGCGACAAGGUACCCGAGCUACAAGACCCAGCAGACUACAACUGGAGGAUUGUCCACCUGGAUUCUGCUGAAUCCCCCCUCUUCCUCCACGCCAAAAUCUACGGAGCUCAAUGCCACUCAAGGAACCUCUCCCAAGGCCCCAUCAUCAUCAGUUUCGGCAGAGACCAUUGUAACCAGUUCAAAACAAGUCGUGAAGACAACCUCCCCCACACAAAAGCCGUCAUCCCAGAAGUCAACGAAGCCUCAAAGUCCGAAGAAGACAACACAAAAAGUCGAGAAGACCACGACAUCUUCGGAGACCGUCACCCCCAGGUUUGAGGCGAUCACCUCUAGGUUUAGCCCGACGUCAGGGCCGUCCUCUACUAGCCCGAAGGUCAAUGAAGACCCAACGACUGCACGGUCAACGACCAAGAAAAUAGCCCCAACGAAAAAUGUUACUAAAGCGAAAUCGACAACGGUACGAGCAACAACAAUCCUGACUAAAACAACGAUGAAGGUCGCCAAGCCACAGACACGUCCAUCCAAGCUACCAGUUACCCGCAAGACUACGACCCCUAAACCUGAAGUAAAGACGGUUAACUCAACUUCCAAAGUCGAGAAGGUGACGUUCAAACCUGUCCAGAUGAUCACGACACCGAAGAGUGUCGUGGAAUUCAUCUCAAAGCCGGUCUUCAGUGCUAAGGUCCAGGGAUCAAUCAAGACAGACAACAAGCCGUCCUCACCCUCGGUGGAGUCAACCCCAAAGCCGAACAACGUUCUUAAGUUGCACUUGAAGAAACCAGUUGAUACCCCAACAACCAUUCAGAUCGAUCCUAUCAAGGUCAGCGCUCCAGUCUUAACAAUCGAAAAGCUCGGCGAUCUGGAAGAACCAGAAGACGAGAAGGCCAGCAGCCUGGAGCCAGUGACCCUGCCGAACUCCCAGAUCGACGUCAAGUUUGACUUCAACCCAGAUUCGACGACCACCGAGACUUCGCCGGAGACGACCACCACCAAGCGGCCGAAAUCAUCGUCCAAGCGAAAGAAGCAUAAGACGCGCCGCCGCCGACCUUCUACGACGCCUUCCACGAUUGCAACUUCUCCGAAUACAUCAGCACCUGCUGAAGAAAGUUCAUCGCAAGAUCCUGAGACGUCUUCUGCCCCCACCGCAGACACUUCCCUUCAAGAAUCGAAAAUAGUCGGUGAUGCCAACACAAAGAACAAGAAGAAGCAGGUGGCGAAGCCAAUCACCACCCAGAUCUACAACUUCAUAAGUCGCGAGGUAAUGCCUAGUGUCGGAGUGAUGUCCCUUGUGGGUCUAGGUCUUGGAUUGGCUUCUUACUUCCUGUAUCCGUUUGGCGGCGCCAUCGCCAGAAGAAAUUACGAAGUUGAGCCCAACUACAAGUACAAUCUGGAUGAAUAUGGUGGAAAUUACGGACAGCGCGAGGAGGAAGUCUUCACGAAGGUCCUCCAGGGUAUGAACCCGAAUGACGGAAAGUACGGGGGCAUAAAGGACUUCGAGAAAAAUUACUACAGGUAUCAGACGUACGAUGGAGGUUACACGGACACCACGAGAAGAGCAGAUCCUAGAUUUCCAACAUCCUCAGUCCCAGUUUACCGACCGGAGAAAAAGCCCCUUCCUUACGACCUGAAAUACAGAAGCACUGGGUUCAAGUACUCCGAUCCUUCGACGACGCCGUCCUAUUACGAACGUCCAAAGGGAUCGGACUUCGUCGAAGCAAAUAUUGAUCGUCAAUUCGUAGUCGGUAGUAUUCCGAAGGAGUAUUCCCCGGAGGAGAAGAAAAAAUUGCGAAUCUCCACGAGUACUGAAGCAGCUGGGGUGGAUUUCGAGAAGCAGAUAGCCCAGAGCCUCCAUUUUGGACCGAAUCAAAAUGUUGAUCAGAGUUAUAAUCAGCCGGAUGCCCAGCCAUUGAAGUCCGAUCAUUACGAAGAUAUUGAGAUCGCCCCGGCUGCUGUUGCCGUCGAGCACGGGCCGCGCUCGUUAAGUGAGGGUAAGAAACGGAUGAAGAGGGAGUCUGUUAUUCAGUUAAUUCCGUCUCGCAGUGAAAUUGAGAAAGAGGAGAGGGAGCUGGAGGACGAGGAACCUCUGAGCAACGAGAUCCUCGAUAUCAUCGACUCGGCAUUUCCCGGAGGGAUGGUCGACGUGAAAGAGAAAAAGAAAGUGGAGACAAUGAAAAAGAAGCAGGAGAAUCAGGGGAAAAAGGGAGUGACUGAUCGAGACGACGAGAAAUUAACAACAACCGUCAGGACGCAAGGAUCGCAGGCCAGUGGGACUGAGGGUGAGGAGUCCGCGACGAAGACCCCCGAGACAACGCCGGCGGAGUCGACUUCGUCUUCAACCAUUCCAAGUACGGAAAGUGGUUUGGAGUCAUCCAGUGCUGGAACAGACCCCGAUGUCCAGACGUUUCCCUCGACUACGGAAGCGCCUCACGAAAGCUUCAAUAUCUUUAACUUUGUCAAGAGGGUGGCGGAGGUUAAGUUUAGGUUGGGUCUGACGAUUCUGAAACACGCCUCCGAGAGCUUUGCGCGGUAUCUCGGGCAAGUCCAGAAGAGGAUUAAUGGGGAUGAGUAGGUUCAGUUUGGGUGAGAUGAGGAUUAAGGUAAUAUGAAAGCCAGGAAGGUUCGGUGAGAAAGAGUUCAGAGCGUCGGAGGUGAUGGAUUGAGUGAAAUUUAUUUACUGUAUAUUAUGUUGUAAAAAAAUAAAGUAAUAGCGAAGUUAUACAGAAAAAAUCAAAAGCAAGUAACUAGAAAUAGGCAGGGAUCAUCCUCAGCU